GCGCAGCAGGCAGUGAACAACACGGAACCCCAUCCAACUCGAGAUCCCCUUCUCCGCUCAAAAAAAAAAAAAACUCAUCCCCUUCUCACCCCUCCGUCGGCACGCGCGGCCAUGCUCGGUCUUCGAGCCCGCGCAGGCGCAGCGGCGCUGCUCCCGUGCCCUUCCCCGCCCCCCUCCUCCGCUCCCGCGACCUCGGUUCCGAGGUUCGGGCGCCUCUCCCCGCCCGCCGCCCUCGCGCCUCUGGCGUCUGCACCGCCGCCGCCGGCCUCCCUCUCCGCCAGGUGGAACGCGCCCUCGCGUCUCGGGGGAACCGGAACCGGAACCGGCAGCAGCUCCAGGCCUACCACGAGGGUUUUCUGCACCGCUGCCAGUAGCGCUAGUCAGAGAGAGGGGAAAGAGUUGCUAGUCCAGCAUUUGCUUGUUGCUGACAAGGAUGUCAGGCUUCUGGUCGAUCUUGAAAAGAGCAUCAUCGCAGGAGGGGCAGACUUGAGUGAUUUAGCUGUUGAGCACUCCUUAUGCCCAUCAAAGGAAAAUGGUGGAAUGCUUGGGUGGGUUCGAAAGGGACAGAUGGUUCCAGAAUUCGAGGAGGCAGCAUUUAGUGCUCCUUUGAAUAAAGUUGUACGGUGUAAGACAAAAUUUGGAUGGCAUUUAUUGCAAGUUCUUGCUGAGAGGGAUCAAUGCAUUCUGCAAGACAUUGACCCGGAGGAGCUUCACACGAAAAUGCAAGAUCCUAGUUUUCUCGAAGAAGCUCAAUUGAUUGAUGUUCGGGAGCCUGAUGAAGUGGCUAAAGCUUCACUUCUAGGCUUCAAAGUUCUACCGCUCCGCCAAUUUGGGACCUGGGGACCAGUUAUGACCGAUGAGUUCAAUCCUCAGAAGGACACUUAUGUGCUGUGCCACCAUGGCAUGCGCUCCAUGCAGGUGGCUAAAUGGCUGCAGUCACAGGGUUUCAAAAAAGUUUACAAUGUCUCUGGUGGGAUUCAUGCAUAUGCGGUUAAAGCCGACUCCUCUGUCCCAACUUACUAGAGGACCCUGAUUGAAAUCGUGAACAUGUCCCAGGAGAUUUUCAUAUAUAAAAAAAAAAUAAAAAAUCUGUGCAUCAUUCUAGGAUUUUGGCAAUAGUUGACUUGUGACCGAUGCCAGAAUCAAGAGCUCAAUUUUUUUUCCCCUGGCACUGUGUCUUAGAAGUUUAUUAGAGACCCUAUGGACGAAAUGUAUACGGCAAUUCUUUUGUUUAAAUAAAAAAAAGAGAUACAUGAAUAGCUUGCUGGA